UUGGCUUCUUCACUUGCAUACGUAUCUGGUACCAUGGACAACGCUGACGAAUUGUUAUUAGCUGGUCUCGUGUAUAACUAUUUGCUAAAGAAGGAUACAUCGCUGGCGGUCGUUUUCCAGAAGAAGACUAAACCGCCUCUCCUGCGAAGAGAAUGUCCAAUGUUAAUGGAAGUAUUUAAGUAUUUCCAAAAGAACUCUCCUAAAAAGAUCCCACAUACAUUAGCUACACAAAUAACUGAGGAAAGCAGUUCAGAUUGUAGCUCGAAAAGUGAAGAGGAAACAGAAACAAAUACUCAAAUCAAUGGUAAAGGAGUUGAGACAGUGGCUCUUAAAAAGAUAGCAGAAUCUUCUGAGGAAGAUGAUUCUAGUGAAGAUGAAGCACAAGAUCAAGAAGUAGCAAAGAAAGAAAAUGCAAAGGCUUCUGUUAUGCAAGAAGAAAGUUCUGAUGCGAGUUCUACUGAUAAAGAACCACCAAAAGUUCAAACAAAAACUGUGCUACAACAAAAAACAAAUGACAAAGCCAAAUCUGAUACCCUCAUAGCAGCAAAGGCAGUAUUAAAAGCAGUUCAAUCAAUGGAUAAUUCAUCUGAUUCAACUUCCAGUGAUUCAUCUUCAGACAAUCCUAAUGUUCAAAUGGUAAAUUUAAAAACUACCAAACAGUCAACAAUUAAGACAUCCACACCCUUAACAAAUGCAGCUUUAAAAACAGAAUUAAAAAAACAAAAAUCAGCAACAUCAGUUCAGCAAAAUAGGAACAAAGGCUAUAAUGUGGGUGCAUUGAAUGACAAUAUACAGAAAAAAUCAGUUAUCAGUAAAUCUUUAGUAUCAGCAAAACAAACUGCUAUGGAAGAAUCUUCUAGUGAUGAUAGCAGUGAGGAAGAGCAGUCUGUUAAAAAACCAAUUUUCUUAGCUACUGCUAAGCAAAAAGAUUCUUCUUCAAGCGAGGAAGAGAGCAGUGAAGACGAACCUAAAACAAUCACAACAAAAGCAAUUGUAACUUUGAAUACACAAAAUCAGAGUAAGCCGACGCCAGCAAAAGCAGUUAAAAAAUCAGAGUCGUCAUCAAGUGAAGAAAGCAGUGAUGAAGAAACGUCCAAAAAAGUAGCUGUCAAUAAACCAGCUGCACCAGUAAAAGUAACUAACAAGAAAGAAUCUUCAAGUGAAGAUAGUGAUGAUAGCGAAGAAGAGCAGCCUGUUAAAAAACCUGCUCUAGUUAGCACUAAGAAAUCAACUUCAGCAGUCGCUACUAAGAAAACAAAAUCUUCCUCCAGCGAAGAAAGCAGCGAAGAUGAAAAACCUCCGACUAAAAAACCAGCUUUUGCUAAACAGAGUACUGUUAAUAAAAUUAAUUCUGUAAAAAAGAAAGAUUCAUCAAGUGAGGAAUCUGAUGAUGAAUCUGAUGAAGAAGAAAAACCAACAGCAAUGACAGUAACAAAAGUGGCGCUUAAUAAAACGCCAAUUAUUGAUAAUCGAAGUACUAAUAAAAUUAGUUCUGUAAAGAAAAAAGAUUCUGAAAAGAAGAAAGAUUCGUCAAGCGAGGAGUCAGACGAUGAAUCCGAUGAAGAUGAGAAACCAACGACAACGGCAGUAUCAAAAAUGAUGAUUAAAAGACCGAAGAAAGAAGAAUCUUCUAGUGAAGAUUCAGAUGAUUCAGAAGAUGAGACACCGACAACAGCAUCGGUCAAGACAAUUGUCAAAAAAAAAUCCUCGAGCGAAUCUGAUUCAGAUUCCAAUGAUUCCAAUAAAGAAAAAAUUCACUCACUAGCUUAUAUCGACAAGGGACAAAAAAGAAAACACACUGAUAAUGAUGAAGAAAAAACACCAGCAAAAGUUGCAAAAAAUAACUAUGGCAACUUUACAAAAGCUAAUAGUAGCUUCAAUGGAAAUAAGCUGCAGAAAAAUCGUACAUAUCAGCGUGUGAAAAGCGAGGACAUCAAAUUGGACCCUAAGUUGGCUAAUAAUUCGUUUGAAGCAAAGAAAGGUGCAAAAGGAUCAUGGGGGGAACGCGCUAAUGAAGUGUUGAAGUUUACAAAGGGCAAGAAGUUUCGACAUGAGAAGCAAAAAAAGAAGCGUGGUUCUUACCGUGGUGGACACAUAGAUACACAUGUUAAUUCCAUUAAAUUCGACGAUUAAACAAUUAUUCUUCGUGAUUUUUUAAUUUUUUUUUUACCAUAUUUAAAUCAGUAAGAUCAUUUAGUUUAAUACUGACUUAUACUGUAAUGUAUGCUAAAAUAUAUAAAACAGUUGUCCAAUAUUUUAAAGAAAAGAGACGAGAAGUUAUAACGAAUUCGGUUGAUUUAUACAGUCGCAUAUAAAUUGAAGCUGCCAUGGAAUGUACCAAAAUUGUAUAACUAAAAUUAUAUAAUGAAACUUGAAAGUUAGUAAAAUAUAUUUAGCUUAAAUUAACGUGUUUGGCAAAAUAUGUGUAAUAUUUCACUGACAAGUAAACCUACUACAUUGCAAAAAUGAUAUAAAAAAAAAAAACUAACGUUACCACCCAAGUAACACAGCGCCUAAAAAGCGUUAACAAAGCGCUAAAAAAACUGCAUAAAAGCACUUUUUUGGCAUUUUGCAUGUGCCGCUAUGCUAUAUGGGCAGUCGAAACAUCACAUUAAAAAUAUUCUAGAUGUUAAAUCUUAGAAUUCUAUAUGGAUUCUGUACCCGACACAAAGAAACAUAUUUGGCUAUUUUGACUUUGAUGCAAAAUAUCUCAAGAACAAUGCAUUUUUGAAAAAAAUAUUUUAAAUAAAAGUUAUAGGAUUUGGAAAAUACCAUCCGAUCAGCUACCAAUACUUUGAGUCCAGAAUUUUAUUGGGCUCAGUUAGAUUGUUUUCGAGAUAUUUUGUGUCUUCAUCGAUUUUUGGCCCAAAUCGAGUAUAGAAUCCAUGGGAUUCUAAGAUUUGAUCAUCCAUUACAAACGUAAUCUUUUGGUUGGUAACGUUAGUUUUUUUGUAUUAAUUUUGCAAUA